CAAGUGUUGUUGUUGUUGCUAUAUAUAUACAUGAGAAGAGAGGGAGAAACUAUUUGAAAAAAAGAAACAGAAAGCAGUAGAGGAUUGUUUCUUCUUGAACUCGGCUUCAAGAUAAUUACUUUUCAUCGUAGAGAUCAGUGGAGAAAGAUGGGAGGAUACUUCACGAAGAGGAUGUUUCUUCAGCUUCUUACUCUGAUCAUGUUGCUUCCUCUCUUGAUCUCUUCUUCGUCUGGUGCAUCAGUUGAAGAAGGACGAUUUCAACCAUCAGAGUCAGAAGGAAACCUUCCCAAGUUUUCUGAUCUAAACCUAUGUAACGAGUUCCAUGGGAAGACUAGUUGCUCUGCUUCACGGAUGCUCUCAGCUGUCCAAAACCUGUCUACUUAUGGAGAAGCUCCUAAAGACUGUUUGUAUUUGUUUGAGCUUUUGGAAUGUUCAAAAACUCUUCCCAUUUGUGCCUCCUUCUGUGACAGAGUCUUUGAAGCUUGCUCUGAUGCUUACUUCACUAGUGAUGCCAGUGAUCAGGUUAUAGUACCGUGUGGAGCAAGCGAAAGCAUCAUCUGCGGGAAAGCUUCUAAAUGGGAGACUAAUGGCACAGCGUUCUGCUAUGCAUUGGGUUUCACUGUUCAAUCAGCUGAUGAAGAGCCUUGUUACGGAAGCAAAUCAAGUCUAGAGCCGCCAUUGGUGGUGGAAGAAGAACCACUCGUGAAAACUGCGUGGUUUCAAUCUCUUCAGAUCUAUUGGCUAGUAAUAGUCAUUGUGCUACGAACAGUUUGUUGGCUAGAAAUCAGGGGGCGUUAUCAGCGGCAGAUGCGAGGUUUGAUUCAGAGAGAAAGAGUGGUUAGGAACAUGAAUGGGAUUGUUGCCUAAAGAGGAGUUUAAAACUCUCUUUGUUUGAGUUCCUUAGCAUAGCAUUCAAACAUUUAAAUAAUCUCUGUAAAAACUUUUACUGUACUGACGAUUAAGAAAAGUAAGAGCCAAACCAUGGAAGUCAAUUCUA